UACUCAAAUACCGUCUAAAGAGGAUGAAACCAAUGGUAGUGUUCAAGUGACUCAGCUAGCAGUAACACCUGGAAAAUGUAUUACAAGAAGGCAGCACUGCUAACACACACAAGACAGACCUGAGCUCAUACUGCCUCCCUGUCCAGCAACAGUACUUUAAUGGUUGGAACUGCCCGCCCCAACCUACAUUACUGCCCUCGCAGACACAGCCUGAUGAUCACUGGUGCCAUGGGAGCGGUGCGAGUCAACAGAUACAGCAUCGUUUCCACCGAUGAAGAUGCCCUGAAGAUCUCCAGCCUGGGUCUCCACAAUGGCCACAGCCCUCUGGCUCAGCAGACACUAUCGGGGGCCUGUAUGCGGGGUGAAGAAGAUGGUGAUGAGUGUCCAGGAAGUGAUGAGGGAAGAGGAGCUUUGUCUCUUAGAGUGACAAAUGAACCCGUCAUGCACAAAAGCUGCCGUAAUUCGCCCUCAUAUCGACUGGGCCUGGAUCUGAGCGUUGGCCGCCUGCGCGGUCGCUUUGUGAAAAAGAACGGUCAGUGCAAUGUGGUGUUCAACAACAUGGAGGACAAGCCUAGACGAUACCUUGCUGACAUUUUCACCACCUGUGUGGAUAUACGCUGGCGGUACCUGCUGCUCAUUUUCACCGCUACUUUCCUUCUGUCUUGGCUGUUGUUUGGCUUCAUCUUCUGGGGAGUGGCGCUUGCACAUGGAGACUUUAAUAUUCGUAUCCCUGUGAAGGAAGGGGAUUCUCGAGGCAGCACUGAUGAUGAGAAAGAUGAAUGGAGGCCAUGCAUUCUCCACAUCCAGGGUUUCAUUGGGGCAUUCCUCUUCUCUAUAGAGACCCAGACCACCAUUGGAUAUGGUUUCAGGUGUGUCACAGAAGAGUGCCCAGUCGCUGUGAUAACUGUGGUGGUUCAGUCCAUCAUGGGCUGCAUUAUUGACUCCUUCAUGAUUGGCACGAUCAUGGCAAAGAUGGUGCGACCCAAGAAACGGGCACAGACCUUACUGUUCUCCCAUCAUGCCGUCAUCGCUCUGCGAGAUGGUAAGCUGUGCCUGAUGUGGCGUCUGGGGAACAUGCGCAAGAGCCACAUUGUAGAGGCACAUGUUCGUGCUCAGCUCAUUAAGCCACAUGUGACUGCAGAGGGCGAGUACCUCCCUAUGGAGCAAACAGACAUUGAUGUGGGCUAUGAUGAUGGGCUUGAUCGCCUGUUUCUUGUGUCACCACUGGUGGUGGUUCAUGAGAUCAACAAGAACAGUCCUCUGUAUAACUUGAGCCGUGAUGACCUGCAGAAAGAGGAAUUUGAGAUUGUGGUCAUCCUGGAGGGGAUGGUGGAGGCCACAGCUAUGACCACUCAGGCUCGAAGCUCCUACUUGGCCAAGGAGAUCCUGUGGGGUCACCGCUUUGAGCCUGUGGUCUUUGAGAAAGGUGACCGUUACCACGUGGACUACUCUCGCUUUCAUAAGACCUACGAAGUGCCAUCCACGCCUAGCUGCAGUGCCAGAGAACUGAGCCAGAUUAUGGGUCGAGGCGGGCAGUCCUCAUCCUCCAGCUCAAGUUGUUCCAAGUCCCCAUCCCCAUUUGCCCCUAGGGCAACCCGCCACCUGUUGGGCCCUCACUCUCCCAGUGCUUUCUGCUAUGAAAAUGAGGUAGCGUUGUGCUUCGGGGAUGAAGAAGAUGAGGGGGGCGUAGCAGAAGAGGUGGCGAGCAUGAUUGUAAGAAGUGACAGAGAGGUAAAAAUGAGAGAGGACAUUCACUUGGGUUUCAAAGAGACAUUUGUGGAGCAGCAGACGGUGGAAAUGCUUUGUGUUCUGGACUCAGAGAAUCAGAUCAGCCUUGACAGACUACAGCCCACCCUACCUUUAUACAUCAGCAGAGAGUCAGGAGUUUAAUCAGUCGUAAUGGUUGCCCUUCCAUUUCAUUCCUCUCUUCUUUGGUUUUCAUCCAACCAAAGCACUGAACUAAUUCAAAACACCAAUGGAGGAUAUACAUCUGACUGGCAAUUUGGUGUAAGAAAAGAAUGCUUUUGCAGAUGCCACAACAUCCACUCCUCUUAAACUCAUUUCUUGCACUGAUUUCAGAUAUGGUGCAUUUUCAUUUGUAACAUCAGCAUCAAGAGAACGCACAGCUCAUCCACUUUUAGACAUGGUGACCACUUUUUUCUCUCUAAUCAUGAGGUUUUUUGUUUUAUUGCAUAAAUAAAUAUGACAGUGUAAUCUACAGUUAAUUCAAGCUUUUUGUUCUUGAUUUCAUUAAUUUUUUGUAAAUAUGUUUUGUUUUAAUUUUAAAUGAUUAUGCAUCAUAUACAGAUAAAUGCUAAGGGAGAAAACUUUGUUUAUAUUAAAGAAAGACAA